AUGUUACCCAAAAUGUUCAAUUUCGGGAGCAAAAAAAUUCAGCCUCAGUCUUGCUCUUCCACCCAACCGCGCAGGGACAGUGGGAUCGAUGGAACCUGUUGCUCUGAAGGAUAUCACCUCAGAGAUAAGGAUAUGGGGAGGAUCCACAGAGCAGCUUCUAUAGGAAAUGAAGCAAAGGUGCAGGAGCUGCUCCUGCAAAAAAAACAUGAGAUCGACGAACCUGAUAAAUUGAACCGGACGCCUCUGCACCUGGCCUGUGCCAGUGGAUAUCCGGAUGUUGUGUCUCUCUUAGUAGAGAGAAAUUGCAAACUAAAUGUGUGCGACAGUGAGAAUCGAACUCCUUUAAUUAAGGCUGUACAGUGUCAGCAGGAGGAGUGUGUAUCUAUCCUGCUCAAUCACGGUGCAGACCCUGAUGUUGUGGAUACCACAAGCAACACUGCCCUUCACUACGCUGCCCUUGGUGACAACACAACCAUAGCAGCAAAGCUUCUUGAACACAAAGCUAAUAUUGAAGCAAAAAACCAGACAGGUUAUACACCGUUGGUACUUGCAGUUAGAAAACAUAAUGAAGCAAUGGUAGAUGUUUUCUUAAAGAAUGGAGCAAAUGUGAAUGUCUGCGAUAAUUCUAAAAGAACACCUCUCAUGAUUGCUCUCAGUACUAGUACUAAACCAACAAACAUAAUCAAUCUUAUUCUUGAAUAUGAUGUUGACCUUUCUUGCCAAGAUGAUUAUGGAUGGACAGCUAAAGAUUAUGCUUCUAUCAGUGGUGUUCAUGCUCAUCGUGACCUAGUUCUUCAACAUGAGAAAAAGCAGCUUGAUCAACUCCUUUCAGCUGGAAUCAGUAGUACAGAUGUGACUUCUGAUACUGUAUUUGCUUUGGCUGGAUCUGACUUGGCCGAAGAAGAUAAUAAAGAUGAAAAAAAGGCACAUGGAUCAGGAGGACCAGAGAACAGAGAAACAGGUUUGAAUGUUCUAAGAAAAGAAAUUGAAAGUUACUAUCUGUGA